CAUUUUCAUUCUGCCGAGGGUUUGAUCUAAACAUGACGAACGUUGUCACCGCGGCGUUGCGAUUUGCAAUAUUUUUGCUAGGUAUAGGGUGUACUGAAGCCAAAAGGUUUUCCAUAAUCGCUCCCAGUGUGUUUCACAUUGGGGUAGAGGAGAACGUUUCCGUUGCGGUUUACGAUGCCAUGCAGCCUGUAACAGUUAAGUUAUAUCUGCAGGAUUAUCCAUUCAGACGGAAAACAUUCUCCCCAACUGAAGCCACGUUACAACCAGGAAAAGGGAGCACCUCGUUCCUGACAGUCAAGGUGGAACCAGAGAACCUUCCCAAUAUCAAGUCGGUAGAUGUGCAGUAUGUUUACCUUGUCGCCAAAUCAGAUGAUGGCCAUUUUCAGUUCCACAAGGAAGCAAAGAUCCUACUCAGCUACAAGAACGGAAUGGUGUUCAUACAGACUGACAAACCUAUCUACACACCAAAACAGAAAGUUCUUAUCAGGGUGUUUCCGCUCCAGUUCAACACGAAGCCCUCGGGAAAAAAUAUAACCUUGAUGGUCCUGAAUCCGCAAGGAGUCAAAGUGAAGCAGUGGAAGGACCUUGAAACUAGCACAGGUAUUAUAUCACAAGUACUUCUAUUGAGCAAUUUCAUCAUCCUGGGUAACUGGACAGUAACAGCUAUAUACGGCCAUCAGAAUAUUUACAACACAUCUGUGCAAUUCGAGGUCAGAGAAUACGUUCUUCCCAAGUUCUCCGUGAAACUCCAAGUGCCGCCUUACAUACUGAAAACAGACAAAGAAAUAAAGGUUCAGCUGACAGCCAGGUACACCUAUGGAGAGCCGGUUGUCGGGGCUGCGAAUGUCUAUUUGAGCAUUGCUUUGAAAGGAAAGGUUAUUCCGAUUGCUACUCACCAAGUAUUGCUUGGCGAAGGUACUGCCGCAGUGGAAGAAAGGGUAAAAUUCAUCAAAGAAAGGGCAGGAGAAAUCUGGUUCCCAGAGGGUGGCAGGCUUCAUGUCCAGGCUGACGUCAUAGAACGGGCGACUGGUGAAAAGGAGACUGCGGUGGAUAAAUCGAGCAAGUUUACAUCAAACCCCUACUUGGUCGAGAUCAUAGACACUCCAAAGUACUUUAAACCUGGAAUGCCUUUUACUGUGAAGGUGGUCGUGACGCUUAAUGAAAAGCCUGCCGAAUCCAUUACCGUGACACUUUCUGCCACUGGUAAAAGCGUGAAUGAAGAGAAACACUUGACUAAGCUAGAUGACAAAACGAAUGAGGACGGCGAAGCUGAGUUUAGAGUUGAUGCCUGCACCAACUGUCAGACCAUCAAGAUAGAGGUUAAAACCAUCAAAGAAAAUACGCAAUCUGCUUUAGCUAAUUUCGUGAUGCAGCCAUUCGACGCAGAAAAUGGACCACUGAUUGUACUUCGUCAAUGGACGUCAGGAAAGCUGAAGGUCGGUGGCAAGUCCAAAAUUGAAACUUACCGGAAAGGUGAUGACAAGGCAGCUGUCUUUUCGUUUGUGGUGGUUUCAAGGGGAAGGAUUCUCUCUCAUCAUACUACCGAAGUGCUCGAGGACAGCUUUAAAAGCGACAUAAAGAGCUUGUCCCUUCAUGUCACUCCUGAAAUGUCACCAUCCGCCCGUUUGAUUGUUUACUACAUUGACAGCAGUGGACGAGUCGUGGCUGACAGCAUUUUGCUCAAAGUAGAGGAAAAACUCCCAACCACGGUUGAGUUUGAUUAUGAAAUCAAAGACGGAAGUGGACCUCAAAACAAAGUAGAGACACAACCUGCGAAAAAUUAUGUGAUUAAACUCAGGGCUCCUAAAGGAACACGUCUGGGACUCUUGGGGGUGGACAAGAGUGUUUACCUGUUGAGAAAUGAGAACAGACUUUCCAAAGAGCGGGUUCUCAAAACUGCUAAGGAACUUGAUCUUGGCUGUGGUGUCGGCGGAGGAAAAAAUAACAGAGACAUUUUUAAGAGGGCUGGUGUUGUCAUCAUGACGGAUAACUUUGUUAGUGAUGGAAGAAAUGGCCAUGACUGCGAUGAAGAUGGUUCUCGUAGAAAACGGAGAUCAGUGGCAGACCCAGUUUUAAAAAUAUGCUGUGAAUGGGGAAGAGAAGCGGGUGGAAACGUAACCUGCGCCAAGCUUUCGUUGGACGCCAACAAAAAUUUGCCUGAUGACUGCAGAGAGGCCUUCUGGAACUGUUGUGUAGAAAAAUAUGGUAGAAAUGAUUCCGCCUUGCUUGGAAGAAGUGGUACGGAGAAUAUAGAGAAUGCCGAGCGGGACCUCGCAGAUGCAGAAAAACGAACCGAUUUUCCAGAAACUUGGAUUUGGGAAGAGCUUCCUGUUGGGGAGGAUGGGACUGCAAAAAUGGAAGCCACGAUACCUGACACUAUAACUACUUGGGUUAUACAGGCCGUGGCCAUCAGUAACACAACAGGAUUGGGCCUAGCCUUACCACUACAGAUCGUUUCCAAGAAAGAUUUUUUUGUUUCGCUCAAGAUGCCUUACUCAGUGAAAAGAGGAGAGCAGAUUUCGAUCCUGGCGACAGUUUUCAACUAUAUGAUAAAGAAUGACAAUCAAUACCGGGCAAAGGUAUACCUCAGAGGUAACAAAGACUUCUGUUCUACUGCUGCCGAUGACAGCCUUGUUUUGAUAGGGAUACUUUACCUUCAACCAAACGAUGCCAAAUCUGUUGCAGUCCCAAUUAUUCCCAAAACAGCAAGGGAAAUAGAAAUCGAAGUCUCAUCCAUUCUUGAAGUAAAAAAAGAGGGUGAAGUCUUUUGGGAUACAAGGGGAGUGGACGUCGUACAACGAAAGCUUCUUGUUGUGCCAGAAGGAAAGGAAAAUCGUACCUCGCGAUCUUUUACACUGGAUCCUAAAGGAAUUCUCAACGAUGACACUAAUAAUGGAGAACACAGUUCAACCAUAUCACCAAGGAACAUUACAAUUGACUUCGAAAUUCCCCCAAAGGCAAUAACUGGUUCAACUGGAGCUGUCGUGUACUUGACCGGAAACCUUCUUGGUCCAGCCAUUAACACUACUAUCGAAGGUGGUCUAGAAAAAUUCUUCCGCCAACCGACAGGAUGUGGGGAGCAAACGAUGCUUUAUCUUGCUCCAAACGUGUACGUGCUGGAAUAUCUAACGAACACAAAACAGAUCAGCGACCCAAAUGCGGAAAGUGCCUACCGCUUCAUCCAGUCGGGUUAUCGACGUGAAUUAAACUACCGUCGCAACGACAGGUCAUUUAGUGCAUUUGGAAAUGAACGGCCAGGAAGCACAUGGUUGACUGCUUUUGUGAUGAGGGUCUUCUGCAAGGCCAAAAAGUUUUUAGGUGAUGAAAUGGAUGAAAGAAUGCUCUGCCAAUCUGUGGGCUGGCUGGUUGAAAACCAACGCAGCGAUGGAGCUUUCCCCGAAGUUCACCAUGUCAUUCAUAGAGAGAUGGUGGGGGGUGUAUACAAUUCAGAGGGAGACGUUGCCAUGACAGCCUUUGUGCUAUCUGCUCUGGCGGAAUGCAAAUGCGAAGUGGUUUCACAGGCGCAUGUACUUAGGGCCACAAACUUUUUGGAGAGUCAGUACAAAAACCUGAAUAGACCUUACAGUAUGGCUCUCGUGGCUUAUGCUCUGGGCUUGGUUGAUAGCAGGGAAAAAGUAAAUGCCAAUGAUCGACUUCUACAGAAGGCCCAGUAUGAUGACGUUAAAAAGACUCGGCACUGGAACUCUGGUGGAAAUGCACUGGAUGUGGAAACCGCUGGUUAUGGACUAAUGACUCAACUGCUCCUCGGACGCACCAGUUCUGCAGGUCCAAUUGUGACGUAUAUAACAAGUCAGAGGCAGGGUGGUGUCGGAUUUGUAUCUACACAGGAUACAGUGGUAGCUCUCCAAGCUCUUGCAUUGUACAGCGAAAAAACUACAGGAAACAUGUUAGACUUAAAAGUUGAAGUGAAGACGGAAAAUGGGGAAGUCCGGGAAUCCCAUCGUAUUAACUCAGAAAACGCACUUCUACGCAGGGAAGUCAAGAUACCAAAGGGAGCUCUGCCUGGUAAACUCUUCGUGAAGGCGGAAGGAAGUGGUGUGGGACUUUUGGAGGUGGAAACUCGUUACAAUCUUCCCUCGUCAAGGGGUGAGAUCUGUAUGUUUGAAUUGAGGGUAAAAGUCGUUGAAAUCAAAGGAGGUGAAAAGGAAGAUCUACUAGGACCCAUGCAAAGCGAUGCCGAAGACAAGGAACGUCAGGAAGAGGAAAAAAAAAGAAAGAGAAACAGUAAAAGAGGAGGAAAACGUAGAAAUAAAGGAAAACGAUGUAAAAGAAUAAGAGAUAAGAGAAAGAAAAAGCAAUGUAGGAACAGGGGAAAUAGAAAAGGUAACCCCGAGACAGUCAAGAAGCCUCAACGUCCACAGAAAUACCAGCCAGUCAAGAAUAUCAAACUGAAAGUCUGCGCUAGGUAUAAGAAACCAGGAAACACUGGAAUGGCUAUCAUGGAUAUUGGCAUCUUAACCGGAUUUAAACCCAACAAAAAAUCCUUAGCUAAGCUCAACACCAGCGUGCCUCAACUGGAUAUGAUUGAAAAAUCGGACAGAUCCCUGGUUCUUUAUCUCAGUGAGAUUCCUAGUACCCGUGAGCUAUGUGUAAGUGUUCUGUUUGAAAAAGAGUUUUACGUUGGUGCAGUUCAAGCAGUACCGGUGAAUGUGUAUGACUAUUAUGAACCAGAUCAAUCCUGCAGCGUAUUUUAUGGACCCGAAAAGUCAAGUCCGUUGAGGUUGGGAGUCUGUGAUAUUGGCUCCACUUCGUGCAAAUGCACUCAAGAUAAAUGUCCUCAGGAUGAUCCCCCGAUUGACAACAUUGACAAGCUGAUAAAAAUUGCCUGCACCAAUUACCAAUACAUCAUAAAAGGAAAGCUCUUGGAGAUCGAUGAGGUACAAACCAUGCUUGAGUACGACUUCGAGGUUGUUCAAAUCAUUCAAGAAGGAAACAAGAAAAUAGGAAGCAAUAAAGACGAUAAGAUAAAGCGGAUAGAGGUCAUGAAGCAAGGGACAUGCCGAGGUAUUAAACUUAAGGUGGACAAGGAAUACUUGAUCAUGGGGCGAGAUGAAGGAGGCAAGUACGAGCUAGACGAGAACUCGUUCGUCAAACUAUGGCCUGAAGACGGCGAGAACAAAGUCAAAUUGGAUAAAUUUUCCCGAGAAUAUAAAUGCUCUUGAAAUGCUUAAAUGUGUCUUUUUAAAAACGGGUGAUUUUUGGGAGUUUGACCACGAGGAUUGCAUAAUGUAGAGUGAUACUAUAUUAAGGUAGAGUAAAAAAUUCAAAGUGCUACAUGCCUAUUUCUACAGAUGAUUUUUUUUUUAAUUAUUUGUGUGCUUCUUUAACCUAAAACACCGAAACUCACGAAGGAAAACUUGGACCAAUUUUUUUUUUUUUUAUCAUGAACGAGCUCAGUUGGGGUUUAGGCAUACACAAGCUUAGUUUUCCCCUUGCAACAUUGAUCUGUAAUUGAUGUUAUACAAACUAAACUUUCCCAUCCUCCUGUAUUUGGUGGUAGCUUUACCUGAGCAAACCGUAAUUUUAGGCUACUCUGUUAGAUUUUAAGGCACCUUUCGGCGUUUCUUUAAGAUUCACUUAUAGGCGAAGUAUUUCACAGAAACUGCUAUCCUCUAAACUUCCUUCUAUGGGAUUCCUAAGAAAUGCUUCCCCAUCCAAUCUAUGUUAUCUUUGCAUUUAAUUGGGGAAGCGUUUCACUUUCCACUUCAUCUAGCAAUCAGGGAUUUCUUUCUUUUUUUUUUUUUUUGAGUUUCCGAAUUGAAAUCAGACUGCUGCCCAGUAACCAUUUUGCACGGCCAGGUCGCUGAAUUUUUUCUGAUAUGGCUUCGCUGUUUCAGGGCAGCUAAAGGUUAAUGUUGGAGUUAUAGCAGAAGCAUUAGUAAAUAAGACAAAAAGCAUUAUUUCUAAACGAUAUAUCGUCAUAAACUUGUUAUGCCGCACAGUAUUUUGCUGAAUUAAAUAAACGAAUAAGUUUUUAAUGA